AGUGCGCAUGCGCUGGAGAUGCGUCUCUACUGUCACCUGCUGCUCGGGCUGCAGACACAGACACGACCUACAGUUGCCUCUCAAUUACCCUGCGAAUCACUGCACUCAACCUGUCCGGGGACAGGACAGCGACUGGUGUACACGGCAGGGUCUAUAUUUCACAGAAGAGAGCAGUUCUGAUGUGAUACUGGAGGAACAGGCUGUGGAGCACUGAGCCUCCCAUGGCUGUUAGCACCAUGGACUCUGAGUCAGCCAGGACACCUCAGCCUCAGGCUGCCCUGACUAAAGGAGGCCGCUCCAUGCUGCCUGCUGGGGUUCUGAGUGCCAGGCUGGGCCAUCAUGGGAAGCACUAUGUAUGCGGCUCCAUUGCAGCUUUUACCAACAUUGUGGUGACCUUCCCCAUCCAGAAGGUGCUGUUCCGCCAGCAGCUGCACGGUGUGUUGGCCACUGAGGCAGUGCGGCAGCUCCAGAGGGAUGGGCUGAGGAAUCUUUACCGGGGCCUGCUUCCCCCACUGCUCCAGAAGAGCACUACGGUGGCCAUCAUGUUUGGCCUGUAUGAGGACUUCUCUAUAGUCUUACUAGACCGGGCCGCUGGCAGUGGUAUACCGGAGCUAGUCACCCGAAGCUUUGCUGCAGCAUUGGCGGGAACCGCAGAAGCAAUCCUGAUGCCAUUUGAGCGGGUGCAGACUCUCCUACAAGACCAUCGGCACCACGGGCGCUUCAACAACACAGCCCACACCUUCCGAACACUUCUGUCUGAGUAUGGUGUCAGGGAGUGCUACCGUGGCCUCGUGCCCAUACUCCUCCGUAAUGGCCCAAGCAAUGUGCUCUUCUUCGGACUCCGCGGGCCCAUCAAGGAGCAGCUCCCAGAAGCCAGUAGCCGGGCAGGUCACUUGGUUAAUGAUUUUGUGUGUGGAGGGUUGUUGGGGGCAGCCCUUGGCAUCAUGUUUUAUCCAUUAAAUGUGGUAAAAUCCCGAGCUCAGUCUCAGGUUGGUGGAGCCUUCCAGCCUUGCAGGGAGGUGCUGCUAACGGUGUGGAGAGAAAGGGGUGGCAGUGUAGCUAUGCUCUUCAGAGGAGCCCACCUCAACUACCACCGUUCACUCCUCUCCUGGGGGAUCAUCAAUGCCACCUAUGAGCUGCUGCUGAAGAUCAUGUGAGAGGGGGAAUGGAGAUGACAGGGAGAGAAAGUAUGUAAAGGGAAAAACCUGUAUGGAGUGAUAGAGUUAGUUUAUUGAGAAGAGAGGAAAUCAUAAAGUAAAGCAGAUGCACUUGCUGUCUGUCACUGUUUUUGGGACGCUGCAGUUUCCAUGACUGAAAGACAUGCACUUGACUGACAGAUAUGCACUUCUGACAGGGGCCAACAGUCAGUGCGAGAUAAACCACCUGCCAUUGUUACUAUUUACUGUUGUCUUUGUAUUAAAAACAGGACACACGCUUUAGCCUACACAAAACAUGUGCCAGGGUCCAAAUGAAAUGCCCUUGUUUGCUCUGUCUACAAAAAUUUGGGGAAGCAAACUGAACUCCAGCGCAUUUUUACACAGUUUCAAGCAAAGAUUACUUGACUGAAUUAACUGUUUUGUAGAAGAAGCUUUCUUCAUAUGUGCCGUGUGUUGUGGUUUGUCUUGUUGACAAUAUCUGUCUGUCUGUUUGACCAAGAGCACUUCCUUUGGAGGCUGUUUUCUGCCACUUAACUGAAACACCUGUGCUUUUGAUCAUCGCAAUAUCCCAAGAUUUACUGGCAAGUAGGAUGUUGGCUGUUUUAUUCCUCUUAAUGCUCCAUUUCAACUAUUUGGUUUAUAUGUUAAUUAGUUCAGAAGUCUAAUACUCAAGAAAUGAUUGAAAUUGUCAAAAUUAUUGACAUACAUAUUCUUGGAAAUACUGUCUGGCAGACACAGGCAGGCUAUUUUAAACAGUUUCUCCUUUCACACAUGAUUCGUCUUUGCAAAUUGGAAGUCUUUGUCUUUGGUUUAUUUUACGAAGUGCUCCUGGCAGGUCGUAUGUGAUAUUUGAGUUUUGACAAGUGCCCAUUGAUGUGUUUGUGAGUAAAACUUACAGUUACACCCAGA